UACUAAAAAAUUUGAAUAUUUCGACAAUAAAAAACGCAGCACUGUCCACUUUUCAGAAAUGUAGUCGUUUUCAAAGUAACGCUUUAUGCUGAGGCCCGUUUGUGCACUAAUUGUUUGAUUGGUAUCACGGUUCAUUUAACAGUUGCAGUAACACUAGCUGUACUUGAAAGAUCAUUACCGACAGUCGCUUAACAAACAACAUGACAAGUGUGGUGACAAAAGGAUUGCAUGGCUAGUGUCGCGAUUCCCCGAUUCAUCUAUGUCUGCGUCGUUAAAUAAAACAUUUCUUUCUUUCUUUCUAUAGUUCGUUCCGCCUAAAUAAUUAAUCCGAAGGUUAUAAUAACCAACUGCGCAAUCGCAGCAAUUGUUAUACCAAAGGUCCGACUAGACCCACUCCACAGGCCAGGACUUCAGCGCCUCCGGUUGUGCCGCCGACUAUACAGGCAGCACCCGUUGAGGCGCAGGCCCGAAAGAUUGCCAUUGUGAAGCGGAAGGCAACCACUCCCCCGAGUGGCCAACCAGACAAGCCAGGCCCUCCGAGUCAACCACCGAAGCCGGACAUGGACGCUGAGGAGCCUUGGUCACUGAAGGCCGGCAAACUGACAGCACGCCACUCCCAGCUCUCCAAGACUAACAUCGAGGACGUCAACUUCCUCUUUACGCAACCAAAGCAUGAGGCCUUUCAACCACUACCAACGAGGCCGACAGAGGGAGACUAUUGUUUUCACCACGUCACAAUGCGGGAUGGCCGAGGUAUCUGUUUCACAGUACGCCGAAGAGGAAUUUAUAACCUAGGACUGCUACUCCCAGAAAUGGAUAACCCGACCCUACACCGUAUGAUUAAGAUCACAGCCGGGGGAAGAUUACCGCUCAACAGCCAAGGCGUUAGCAGCAUCCCCAUACCGGUCGGUCAUCCCGCAUUUCGACGCUGUCAACUUCAUCGGAACUCCAUGACGUGCUCCCCUUUGCCAACCUCCUUCACCUCCCUCUACCAGGUCAUUUGACCCUAAAUGAAUUAAUACGAACAUUGGUGCAGGAUGGCGAUAAAG